CCAGCUCCUCGGCUCUUCAGCAGCAGUCAGACUCCAUCGCUUCUUCAGCUGCAGUUUACCUUCUGAAAUGCACUUGACUGGACGCUGCGGGGUUUGCGGGACUUUCUCAUCCUGUGAAGUCUUGACUCUCCAUUCGCAGUUACCGACAACAAGUCACUGAAGAUAAACAAGCGGGAGACUGUUUCUAGGAUCAACUCUGGGACUAAAUGACAGUUACUUCUCUUUAAGCCACAGUGGACUUAAUGAUGGAGACGUUACUUUACCUGCUUGCCUUCGUGUUAACCCGGGUUUGUUCGGGUCUUGGAUAUGCGGAGUCUAGUAUUCAGACCGGACAGAGAGCGGCGAGUCGACACAGGAACUGGUGUGCAUAUGUGGUGACACGCACAGUUAGCUGUGUGAUGGAGGAUGGGGUGGAGACGUACAUCAAACCGGACUACCAACGCUGUACCUGGGGCCAGUGUCCUAGAGUGGCUUACCGGACAUACAGGAGGCCAAGGUAUAAGGUAGCUUACAAGAUGGUGACAGAAAUGGAGUGGAAGUGUUGCCAUGGUUACUCGGGGGAAGACUGCCAUGAUGGGCCACAGGUAACCACCGGGAACGUCAACGGAGGGCGACCUCGUGUUACAGAAACGGGCUACAACACGGGAGGCGAGCAGAUAGGAGGAGGUGACUCUGAGAAGAUCAAACAGCUGGAGGAGAGGAUCCAUGGUCUGACCAAAGACCUUCACAACGUGCAAACCACCCUCCACGGCAUAAACCAGAGGCUGACUGGUUUGAGUGGGGCAAUUGUCCCUGCUGAUUCAGCUCAGCCACACAUGAAAGAAACCAUCAACAGCAUCCAAACCAAGCUGGACCAGCUGUAUAACAGGACGCAGGUCCAUGAUCAGACCUUGCUCAACAUCAACAACCACCUGGUGAACGGUGGGGGCAAUGAACUGGAUGGAGUGGCCAGAGGCGGAGGAUCUGGGGGGAACCAGCUGAACACGCUGAAAGAGGAGAUACUGACAGAGCUUGAGAGAAGGGUGUCUUUGUCCUGCUCUGCCUGCCAGGCUGGUGUGGAGGACCUGAAGCGCCAGCAGCAGGAGGACAGGGACAGGAUCAGGGCCCUAGAGAAGCUGAUCAGCUCUAUGGACCAGCUCUUGAGGCAGAGCUUGGAAAUCUCACGUAGCGAGACUGAACGCUCCCAGGCCUGCUGCAGCACUGUCACAGAGCUGGAGAAGAGGCUGUCUGAUGUAGAGGUCCGAGUCACCUCCACUGCUGACAAGUGUGACACCAUUAAAGGACGUCUAGAUAAGGAGCUUGCUGGGACAGGUGGAGGAAAGGGAAGAGUGACAGAGGACAGGUUGAAUGGCAGACUCAGAGAGUUAGAGAAAAGAGUGAAUAGUACUGUGAGGAAGACGGAGCAGAGGUGUACUAAUACUGUGAACAACAUGAAGGACACUGUCCAGAGAGACGUCACACAGCUCCGCAACACGGUCCUCAGUCAGCUGGAUGACCACACCUUCAAGAUUGGAAAACUAGAGCUGGAAGUGUCUGUUCUUGGAGACACAGUGACAGACCACAGUCGACGUUUAAGUCAGCUAGAGAACAUUACGACCUUCUUGGACAGAAGGUUAAUAUCAACCUCAAAAAUGUGCAAUGAGACCUGUGGGCCUAAUGGAAAAGGCCAAAGGAUGGAUGACACUGUGAAAACCUUAGAGUGGAGAGUUGUGGCCAAUCAAGACGAGAUCCAGAAGUUUAACACCAAGUUAAACGAUUUGUCCGUGUCAGGAGACUCCCUGAGUGACAAAGUGAUCGACUUGACUAAUGAUGUCAAAAAGAUAAUAGCUAUGACAGGGGAAAACGGUGAGCACUUCAACCAGAUUGUUACAGAAGUUGAAACACUGGGCCGUAAUUUUGACGACUGUUCCAUAUGCAGCACCGUAAAGGAGGACUUGCUCUUACUUACCAACUCCACCAUCAGUGGCCUCAGCAGGUGCCAGACAGAGCUGACGGAUCUGCGGAGAAAAGUUGAAUCUGGAGAAUCCGUCUGCUCUCAGGUGUGCUCCAACCUUCAGGAGGAGGUAGGACGACUGAGAGAGGAAGUGGAGGAGUGUACUGGGCAGUGUAGAACCAACAUGAAUGAUUUUAAGAAUCGCCUGGAUGGCCACAGUGGAAGAUUAGGCGGGGACCUUAAGUCCAUCCAAGGAGAGCUGGCUGGGGUCAUGUUUACGUUUAACUCCAUUAAUGACACUCUGAAGGUUCUGGGAACGACCGUACAGACACAUGGCGACAUGUUGAUUGAUCUGACCAAUGACAAGGACGACAUAAUUUCCGAGGUGAACAUUAUACGGAAGGAGCACACAGAGCACGUUGAUGACUCAAGGAUUCGAUUUGACAGACUGGGCAAAGAGAUCCAAAUAAUAAGGAGCAACUAUGUGACAGAGGUGGGGGAGUGCCGGCGGGCCAGCGAUGGCCUAGACCGAAGACUGUCCAAGUUGGAGGGAGUGUGCGGGCGUUUCGACUCUUUUUCAGACAGCCUGGAGAAGAUCAAGGAGGGCCUGAACCGACAUGUGUCUGGGCUGUGGAGCUGCGUUAAUGGACUCAAUGUCACGGUAACAUCUCAAGGAGAUCUUAUCGACAAUAUCCAGAACGUACAGCUGGAGAACGUCCACACCAAGAUACACAGGCUGAACUCCUCAGUGGUGGACUUGGCCAAGGAGUUCUACAGUUUCAUAGAACAGGACUUCAUGGGUCCACCUGGUCUGCCAGGACCACGUGGAGAGAGAGGCGAGCGUGGACCCCAGGGUCCUGUAGGACCCCAAGGGAGGGUGGGACCUCCAGGCAGAGAUGGCAGGCAGGGACCAGUGGGACCCCCAGGUCUCAGAGGUGAACAGGGUCCUGCAGGGUCCGAUGCCCACGUGCCACGCCUCUCUUUCUCUGCUGCACUGACUCGUCAAAUGGGAACAGCAGGAACCAUAGUGUUUAACGAGGUCUUCGUCAAUGAAAAUAAUGUCUACAAUCCCAGAACAGGUUAUUUCACUGCUCCAGUGAGUGGGAAGUACUUCUUCAGUGGCAUUCUUACAGGCCAUAAGAACAUGAAGAUCGAGGCUGUGUUGUCCAAGUCAAACACCGGCGUGGCCCGAGUGGACUCAGCUGGGUAUCAGCCCGAAGGCCUGGAGAAACCCAUGGCAGAGGCCAAGCACAUUCCUGGAGCUGUGGCUGUCUUCAACAUCAUCCUGCCCAUGAAGGCAGGGGACACUGUGUGUAUCGACCUCGUCACUGGCAAGCUGGCCUUCUCCUCUGAACCUCUGACCAUCUUUAGUGGGAUGCUGCUGUAUGAGACCAUCUGAUUGGAUGUGGUGAUGUGAUGUUUCAUUAUGACUAAUCAGUCUGACUUUGAGCAUGCGAGCAUCAUAUUUGUCUGCUGAACUGUCUGAGACAGAGCCACUGAAUGAGCAGGCAAAGAGACUGAAAUAACUGGACUGGAUUUAUUCAGCACGGAGGAAGAAACUUUAUACUUUACCUUAUGUGCUAAGAAAGAAGGAGAGAAAUUCCUUUUCAACCACAGUGAUUUGUUUUUUGUUUCACAGCUUUAAGGAAAACUAUUUGUGCAAAGAGCAGUUGCAUUUUUUUUGCUAUUUUACCUAUGUUUUCUUCAGUAAAAGCCACUGCAGGGUUUUCUCAUAAUUCUCAUAUAAUGUUUAUGGUUUGCUAUAAACUUGAAGUCUUUACUGAUUACACCCAGAUAGCCUUAAGGUCUUACUGGUGUUAAUGAAAGGAACUUUGGUAAAAUGACAGAAGGAUAAAGGAUGUGGGGUUUUUGUUUUUUCUGUGUUCCACCCACAGGAUAUCAAAUGUUCAGAGGUUAUUACACUUUCUUUUUUCUGUUUCUAAUGUAGCUUCUUUUCUUAUUGCUCACAGUUUCACUUUUACCACAAGCAAAUUCCCUGAAACACAAUCCUGAAUACCAUAUGUUUUG